CGCGUAUUAUGGUAUUAGCGCUGCACCCAAUAAAUUAAUGUCGGCGCGACUUCACCUCGCUUAGGAUUUCUAGUUCAUUUCCUCAACCUUCUAAUGGCUCUUUCAGGGUCGAAGGAGUUCGUCGAUAUGCUGCUAGCUCGGGAAUUUCCAAGGUACUUAGUUUCCCAUCUUAAUAUGUAGUAAUAGUGCUGAUGAUCAGGUACUUAUUAUGAAUGGUUGUGAUGUUAGCGGACAUAGUUUUAAAGAGAAUGGUUUCGCAAAACCCGUUUUGGUACGAUCAAAAGACGGUCUAAGAAUUAAGGUCCCGCUAGACUCAUUCUCUCAUACAGAUUUAACCAGGUUUAUAGAUCCUAGUAUCCAGGUUGAUGUCAUCGAUGUUCGUCAGCAAGUCGAGAUACAAAUGACGCUCCAAGAACUGGUUGACCACUUUUCCUCACCUCGUCGACAGGUAUUGUUAAACAUGCUGAGUCUGGAGUUUUCAAGAACCAACCUGGCAAAGUUUGUACAUCCUCCGCAUGUCGUUUCGGAACUUAGUCUUGUCACAACCUGUUGGCCGGAAGAUGACCCUAACGACCUUAAAGAUGUCGAAUUUAUCGGCGAAACUGCACCAACUGUCCAGAAAUACUGUCUUUUAAGUAUGAAAGGCAGUUAUACUGACUUCCAUAUAGAUUUCGGUGGAUCAUCUGUCUGGUACCAUGUUAUGUGGGGUGAAAAAGUGUUUUACUUGAUGCCGCCUACACCCGAAUUCGUUUCUGCUUAUUGGCGAUGGUGUAUGAGCAGCGAUCAUAGGGCGACAUUCUUCCCGGACUUUGUUGCUAGUCUUCGGGAGAAAGAAUCGACUAGUAACGUAAAUAGACCCACAGUUUACUGCCUUCACAUUUUACCCGGCCAAACAAUCUUCUUGCCAUCUGGUUGGAUCCACGCUGUUUACACGCCUUCUGACUGUCUAGUUUUUGGAGGAAAUUUCCUGAGUGGAUUGCAUGUAUCUAUGCAGCUCAGAAUUUAUCGCAUGGAACAAAAAUGUAAAACUCCAAUGAAAUUUCUGUUCCCUAAUUUUGAGAAGGUUCACUGGUUUUAUAGCCAAUGUCUGCUGGACAGACUAACUAACAACUUAACUGAUGGCGAAAAUCCCGUUAUUUUCGACGUAGAGGCGGCUGAAUGCUUGGCUAAAGUUCUUCCUUUGUGGUAUUCUAAAAGACAUAUGCUCCCACCAGAAGAAAGAGAUUACUUUCUUCCGAAUCAAAGUCAGUUAGACAUGUUAUGUCCAAGUCUCAUUGAAAGACUGUCUGAGGUCGUAAAUUCAAUAUUAUCACAUUCAACGAAAAACUCAGGUUUUUUAGCAGAUUAUUCCAAAUCAGAAAUAUUUUCAAAGCAUUCCAAAUCUAAUGGACGAGCAAUUGAAAGCUGCUCAAAUGCUAAAAGUAUAGAAUGUUUGAACCGUGAGUUAGGUAAGGAAACUAAAUGGGAACUUAAAGAUAGACAUAUUGGAGGUCUAGGCUGGAUGCCAAAUAGACAAACUUAUUCCAAAAAUUUACGUGAACCAAAGAGCUUGAUAAAAGGAAAUGAGAACGAAAAACAUGUGAUUACUGAUGAUGUAGAUAUCCUUGAAGCACUACCGGGUUUGGAAAAAAGUCGAUUAAUCGGAGACCAUUAUUAUUUGACAUUAAGUGACUCAGAAGGUGAUGAUGGCGACAACGUUAGGAUGAAAUCAAAAGCCGAAUGUUCGCUAACAAAAAAACAGAAGGGGAUAUCUACUCCAUACCAAGCAAGUAGGAAGAGAAAAACUAAGAAUAAUGAUGAUGAUCCAACUUGGAGUAUGCCUAGUCCUACGCGUCGCAGGUUUGGUACAACUGAAUGGAAGUCAAAGAGUUCAAGACUUGUUGUUUCUAAUUUAAGAAGAGAUAAGAAGUCAUUGGUAAAUGCUUCUAGUGUUUACCUAAUAUAAUUUUUGACUAUUCAACGCGAUUUCCUAUCCACAAAUGAUACUGUUGGGACAUAUUUAAACUAGUCUAGAUCAUGUAAUAAUUAAUUUGUUAGUAAAUAUCCAAGCUCUAUUUCCUGUUGUUAUCAUUGUUUGGUUUUAUAAACACUAAUUAUGACAAGAGCAAUAUAAGCUGUAAAUUUAUUAAACUAGUCAAGGUAUUGAGGUUAUCUAACACUCGACCCACUUAACUAGUAUUUUUAGUUUGAUGAACUUGACAACUUGAGGUAACCCAUUCAGAGUUCUUUAUUCUUCCCAAUUCCUUUUCACCCUUUUUUAGAACAUGAUGAGUCAAUGAUUACAACUGACCACAUUCAGGCGGUUACUCCGUGUUAUGUUGUCGAGAUGUAGCCUAUUCACUGUUGAUGUUUUUUCAAUAUUCUUCACUUGUUUUAGCCUGUUUUUGAGAACUUAUCACUAAAUCCUCUAUUGUCGUGGCUACUAUCAAACUGCUUAUUCUAAUAAGUUUAAACAGUUAAGAAUCGUCUAUUACAGUUUCUUAUGCAUUAGAGUGGCUACACAAUUCACAUGAACAGUCACAAGGAAACCCCUGUUAUAUUCUCCAGAAACCCGUCAACCCAGUCCCCAACAAAUAAAAAAUAACGAAGGAAUUUUUUCAAAACCUCUACAGGCGAUAACAGUAAAAAAUACGUUUAUACUUAUAGAGAAAUCAGAAGUGUACUUGAGAACUAUUCAAUAGGAGCACGAGUUGAAAAACACCAGCUUCAAUUCAAUAGUACACAUGCGCCCUAGGAUCCUAAAGAAGCAAAUUCCUUAUGAGCCUGCUUUUUCUUUUCACUACCAUGAUACUACACAUCCCUUCAUUGCUCUAUCUUUUUAUGGGUUAGGCCUUUACGUUUAGAGAAUGGUCGUAUCUCAUAAUCAGUAUCAUAGUUUGCAUAACAUUAGGAAUAAAAAAAUAUCUUUUUCAAAAAGUUUUGAACAAGAAAGAACAACUAAACUAUUCUGUAGAAUAUAUUCUUGUAUUUUUAAUCCGAAGUCUCGUGUGAAUUUCUAAUGGUAUCUGAAUUAACAUAGUAUGUCUGAUCAAGAACACUUUAUUUCUCAAGUUACUUAUCUUCACUGUGGUUAAUCGUAGCAUGAUAUGGUUAUAUACAUUAAUGUUUAUUAUUUACUAAGUUAAUGGUUGUAUUGAUUAUCGACUAAUAAAUUAUUUCAAUAGUUGGGAUCAUGAGUCAAUUGAAACUAGACCACCAUAGUAAACCUGG